AGCAGCUGCAGAGCAGGUAAGAGCCACCAAAGUCUCAACUGGGGGAGAGUUCAAGCUCUAGAAACCAACUGGCUCCAUAGCUCUGUCACCUAUAGCUGUAAUAACAGUAGUACUGGGAAUUAAACAUUGCAUUAAAUGUGACUGUGGAGAGAUCAGCUGGGCACGGACUGUGGUGGGGUUUGUGGCACUUGGAGCGGUUCCUUGCAUGUGUGUGUGUCUGUCCUUCAUGUGCAGGGGAGGGGAUGCAUGUCCUUGCCCACCCCAGCCAUGGGUUUAAGAGCUCUGGGUGCAAUGCCAGUCCUGGUUGUGAUGCCUGUGCCAUUGGGGACCACGCCGGGUGUCCUGGGCCACCACUUGCCCCUGUGGAGGGGGACAUGGGUGUCAUCUGUGCCAGAGCCAGGGCGAGUGGAGCAGGCUUUUUCUGCAUUCCAUGGGGUUGUCCUGGGCUGAGGGGUGUUGUCUGGGUAGCUUUGUCCCCCUCCUUGCCCUACAUGUCGCUGGCAGUGGUGGGUGGGCACGCGGGGACUGGUGCAUGGCUGCUGCAUCCCCCUGGCAUGCUGGCUGCAUCCCUGGCAUUGUGUGAGCCAUCCCUGAGCCGCAGCCCAACACGGGGGACACCACAGCCAUCCCGGUCACCCCUUUGCCCACUGAGACUCCUCACUGAAUGUGGCCAAAGGGUUCCAUGGCCACUUGACUUUCGAUGGCCAAAGUCAACAAACAUCCCCCCGCCUCCAGCGCUCCUCGCUGGAAAUAAGACUCAUUCAUGUCCUUUGAGAUGCAGAACCCAGCCCGAUAAAUGCAAUAUUUUUAGGUCUGGUGCGGGGGUGUGUUUGUUUUAGGGCUGACUUGCACUGUUUGUGCACUUCGCCCAGAUAAUGUUGUGCAGACGGAGUCACAGGAGCUUUCCCCAGCAAGGACUUUAGACCGAGAGAGGAAAAUAUCACCCAAGGUGUCGUGCUGGGAUGGCCAGGGUGCCCUUCACGGGGGGGCACCCAAGGACUGCUGAGCUCCGUUACUGGUGUGUGAGUGAGCCACGCUGGUCCUGGCAUCAUCUCUGGGUGACAUUACAACCGGAGCUGUGUUUAUCUGUCGCGCUGUUUGCCACGCACUAAAUCCCUGCAGAUCAGGAGCAGGUCUGAGAGGUUGCAGACGGGAAGCAGGGGUGAGUCCUGGAGGGGUUCCUGCCCUGGCACUGGCUCACCCCAUCAGGUGAUCUCACCCCCCUGGGGACUUACAUUUUGCAUGAAAGAGCUAAACCUGUCUAUGUUAAAUACUGGAAUGGAUUGUGAGGGUAACUGGUGGAUUUGGAGACGUGGUCGGUCACAGGCUGUGGGUGACGGGGGUCACGAAUGGUGGCGUCUCCCCAAAUGCGGGGAGAUGGGUUGCUGCCCGGGCUGCUGGGUUAUUGCUCGGGAUCGCUGAAAGGUUGGAAAUGUCCUGGUUAUUUAUUCCCCCAUUUUCAGUGUUUUCCCUGAAGGUGUUUUCUACUCUCGCUGCUUUGUGUGUACAAAGACGAUGUUGGAAACACCUUUCUGAGUCCCUGGGGAUGUGACAGUGCCCAAAAGCAUCCCUUGCUGCAGACAUCCCCUGUGGCUUUUGGGACAUCCCUCUCUGCCGAGAGAGCAUUGACCCUGCAGCUGUCUCCCCUUCACCCUGACCUGGUGCAGCCACGAGCACCCGCAGUGCCGCAAACCGGCUCACUCCAUCCACCCGGGACACUGGAUCAGGCCCCGUGUCCAGCCCUGGAUCUCAUAUUCCCAACCCUCUUGUCCUGAUCGAGCCACUGGCAUCCUGAUGGCACCCCAUGGGACACGGGGACCCCAAGAAAAACAUGAAGAAGUUUGUCUGUCCCCUUCCACAUGUGUCACUGGCAGCGAAGGGGGGGUUCCUGUGCCCAGCCUUUGGCAAGGCAGGACUGAGCCAGAGUAUCCCAGGACAAGCCGUCUGGCUCCAGGAGUGGGGUGUCACCCGGAGCGGUGCUUGCGGCUCGCUGUUGGACAGGUUUGGAGGAAUCCCAGGACGUGGCUGUGCUCUGGGCUGGGAUUUGCAGUGGUGAUUUUAAGCUCACCAGCAGAGAAGACUGUUUGCUGCUGUAGCUACUGACCCACGGAGCUGCUGGAGACGACAGCACAGCUCUCAAAGUUGGCCUUUGAUUAAGGAGGAAGGUGAUCAGGGAAGGGGCAGCGCUGCCGGGAGGAGGAGCCGGGGCAGAUGGGUCUGAUGUGCUGCUGAUUGCUUAUGAAGACCUUAGAAGACCCCACAAGGAACAGGCCUGAUGAUAAGCUUUUGUGAAAAUUGCCCAGCUGGGAUUUCCUGGAAAAGCAGUCACCAAUGAGCUCGCUGCCUGCCCGGGGAGGGGACCGCACGCAUGCUAGCCGGACCGCAGCCCUCCCGAGCCCAGCCCUGCUGUAAGGUGGGGGCAGCCCGGCCAGUGGCCGGCCAACAGCGGGAGCGAUGGCCCAGUCUCGGACCAAUGGCUCUCACUAUGCCCUGACGGCCAUCGGGCUGGGGAUGCUGGUCCUGGGCAUCAUCAUGGCCGUCUGGAACCUCGUCCCUGGCUUCGGCCCCGCUGACAAACCUGCCACCCAUGCCGGCAACAGCAGCAAGCCUGAUCGUGGCACCGGGGGAAUUCUGAAGAGCAAGACCUUCUCGGUGGCGUACGUGUUGGUGGGAGCAGGCGUGCUGCUGCUGCUGCUCUCCAUCUGCCUGAACAUCCGGGACAAGAAGAGGCAAAGCGAGGACAUCCCUCACAUCCAGCACCAAGCAUCUGUAGAGCCCUCGCACCAGGAGGACAGUCAAGAAGAGGACGAAGACAUGUCUUCCCAGUACUACGUCCCCAGCUAUGAGGAGGUGAUGAACACGGGCUACUCGCAGCCCAGAGACUCGGAGAGGAGCAACAGGAUGAGCGUCUCCCUGCCCUCCUACGAGUCGCUGACGGGGCUGGAGGAGGGCACGCAGCCACCGGGCGCCGCCGGCCCAGAGCCCAGCAUGGAGCAACAGCCCGGCCGGCACAACUCGCGUCUCAGCAAGCGCCUGAAGCCGCUGAAGGUCCGGAGGAUCAAGUCGGAGAAGCUGCACCUGAAGGACAUCAGGCUGAACCUCUCGGAGGGGAACAGCACAGCCCCCAUCACGAUAGAGCCGCUGACCCCACCGCCCAAGUACGAAGAGAUCCAGCAGAAAGUGCCAGAGAGCCAGCAAAUGACUUAGAAAAGGGAAUCUGUGAUGCUGCUGCAGGGUUUUGUUGAGGUUUUGUUUUAUUUUUUUUUAAAAAAGAACCACACUAAGAGGGGCUCGGUCUGUGGGUGUGGAAGUGGUCGGGGCUCCCAGGAAGUGGCGAUGUGGAGGACACGAUGGGUGCCUUGCGCUGUGGCACAGGGACAGGAUAGGCUUUCCCUGGGACGGGGUUUGGCCAAAGAAACCUGAAUGCCGGUAGGUCUGCUGCUCUGGAGUAAAUGAAGGCUGGAAGUACUGAAAGUGGGAGUUGUGGUGGUGUAAAGAUGGACCACCCAAUGUAUCUUCUCUCCCCCCAGCGCCAGCAAGACUUUCCCAAGCUACCAAACUGAUACAGAAUGAGGAUUUUCCAAGUGGGAAAGGGCAACACUCCUUUUUUUGGUGCCUUUUCUGCCUGAGCAAGGGAAAAUGCCUUGCCAGAGUGGCGUGGUGACAUUCCCAGGCUGGGACUGAGAUGGUGGCCCUGGGCCAGCCCUGGCUUCUGCCAAGUUCUGGGCUUGCUGGUGGGCAGGGGACUGGAACAGGCCCUAUGCUCCUCAGGGAGAGAAUGGAUUUCUUGCCUCGGUUGCCUUCCCCGUUUUGUUUUGUGCUGCGAUGCAAAGGGAUGGUCUGUUUGAGGCACAUGGAUCAAUCCGGGAUGGGUGGGGAACUGAGUUGCCCCCCUGGCAGGAGGUGUACGGGGUGAGAUGACUGCUGAGUGUGCUGUGCGAGCAGACCUCUGCUAAAUAAAUA